AUUUUUCCCGUCAUUUCGCAGACUUGUUGCUGUGCUCAGCCUCGUUUUGAAUUUGGCGCGCGCCCCGUCGCCGCGAGUAGCUUCCCGUGCUUUACAUGCUGAGGGCGCGUGCUCCGCGAAUCUCUUUUGGGACACGGUUUCCAUCUUGAUCACAUCUCGUUUCGUCUUUGCGACAAGCAGAUCCCGACACUCACCGGACACAAUGGCGGAUAUUGAGGAUACCCACUUUGAGACUGGAGACUCCGGUGCCUCCGCCACUUAUCCCAUGCAAUGCUCGGCCCUACGUAAGAACGGAUUUGUCAUGCUCAAGGCUAGGCCCUGCAAGAUUGUUGAAAUGUCUACCUCAAAAACUGGCAAGCAUGGUCAUGCUAAAGUUCACUUAGUUGGCAUUGACAUAUUCUCAGGCAAGAAAUAUGAAGAUAUCUGCCCUUCAACUCACAAUAUGGAUGUGCCACAUGUGAAGCGUGAGGAUUAUCAGUUGACUGACAUUUCCGACGAUGGAUACCUCAGCCUUAUGUCCGACAAUGGCGACUUGCGCGAAGACUUGAAGAUCCCAGACGGCGAUGUCGGCGCCCAGCUGCGCACCGACUACGACGCCGGCAAGGAUAUCUUAUGCACCGUACUCAAAUCUUGCGGUGAAGAGGUGGUAAUUGCUGUCAAGACAAACACUGCCUUGGACAAAUAAUGGCCGGCACAGGUCCCCCUCGUCCACACAAUAAAUUAAAGACAGUUCGAGGGCGUUACGAUACCAACAAUGAUAAACAACAUCAACAUUCAGGACCCAUGUAUAAUACUAUAAUGCUUCAAACAAAUAUUCAAGACAUCAGUCGACCGUUGCAUUGGUGCCCGGCCGAGAUCGGCUCAUGUAAAAUUCAACAAUCCCAUAAAAUUUCUGCGUUCUACGUCGUUGGACAAAAUGGAAACUACCUGCAACUUGAUUUUUUUAAAUUGAACAUCUUUUGGUUAAAAUAAACACACAUUUAUUUUAGAAGAGCAUUUGCUUGACGCGGCACGCUGCGCCGCUGAACUCACUACUAUUUUAACUGUAACGAUUGAUCUAACUCAUUCCAAAUUGCGUUUUAUUGGUGAGGACGAACGCGCGGCAGCAGUCGGGCGGAGAGAGCAGAUUCAGAAGAGGCACUUGCAACACACACACAUAUACACGUUUUAACAUCGCAGAACUAAGCAAGUAUUAACGAUUGCUAUUCAAUAAACUACCUAGGGCAGCAGCGGGCAUUGCAACGCCAAUUUUUAAAUUAAGUACUAGGAAGAAGACGAUGUUCUAUCUUUUUAUUUACUAAAAUGAUGCGCUCGGCAUUGCGCAGAAAGAUCGAGUUUUGUUCUUUUCUGUUGACCCCCCAGUCAGUUGCAAUGCUUCCUAUGAUCUACUAAUCAGUAAAUUGCAAACCUUUAUUAAUGAUGUACAAUAACUUUACAAAUAUUUCUUGAUUAUGAUUGUUUUUUAUCAUUAAAAAUAAUAAAAAUUGAAAAAAUUGUGCCUAUUUAAUAACGAUUAACAAAGAAAUGGCACGCACCAUUGAUUGCAAUAAAAUGACAAUUUCGUUGAAA